CCCGCCCCGGCUCCCGGAUCCGUUCCUCCCUCUUCAGCAGCAUAAUUUCCCUCCCUGGAUGUCGGCUCGCUACCGCAGUUCUACCGCAACAGAUGUCUGAGAGCUAGCCAGCUGAGUAGAGGACUUCCCUCUGUGUCCGUGCUCUCCACCUGCAGCCAUGAAUGGCGGAGCCAGUGUGUGGGCCAUCACUCCAGAGGAGAGGGGGAAACACGACAAACAGUUUGACAGCAUCGCCCCCGUCCUCGGCUAUGUCUCAGGAGAACAAGCCAGGAAAUUCUUCCUCCAGUCUGGCCUGCCUCCUUCUGUCCUGGCUGAGAUCUGGCACCUAGCUGACAUGGACAGCGAUGGGAAGAUGGACAGACUGGAGUUCUCCAUCGCCAUGAAGCUCAUUAAACUCAAACUUCAGGGGCGGAACUUACCCUCUUCCCUGCCAAUCAUCAUGAAGCAAUCUCCCAUCUCCAAUUCAGCUUCAACCAUCCCUUCAUCUGCACGCUUUGGUAUGGGUUCCAUGCCAAACCUGUCCAUUGGUGUGUCAUCCAUGUCAGCUAUGUCAGCCAUGCCCAUCCUAACACCCAUCCCGGCUAACCCCCACAUGCACACUGUGCAACCCCUGCAGCCAACGCCAAUGACCCUGCCCCUCAUCACCUGCCUGGGAAACUCUGGACUCCCCAACGGCAAUGUCAGCCUCCUCACCCCACCUCUUGUUCCCAACAAUGCAGUGCUCCCUCUCUCUGGCUUCUCCUCUCCUGGAGCGUUCUCGCCAUCCACUGGCAUGUCAAAGGCAAACUCUCUUCUGGACCUUGGAUCCAGCAGUUCAAAUUCUUCCUCCACCACGUCGUUGGCCAGUAACUCUCCGAAGACGGGUGCAGGUGAUUGGGCCGUUCCACAGGCCUCGAGACUCAAGUACCGUCAGCAGUUCAACACACUAGACAAGCUCAUGAGUGGCUACUUGUCAGGACCUCAGGUUAGAAAUGCGCUGAUGGCGUCCAACCUGACACAGACCCAGCUAGCAACCAUCUGGACCUUGGCAGAUGUGGAUAAAGACGGUCAGCUACAAGGCGAUGAGUUCAUUCUGGCCAUGCAUCUGGUGGACAUGGCUAAAACUGGCCGACCUCUGCCCCUCACACUGCCUCAAGACCUGGUACCUCCCUCUCUCAGAGGAGGAAUCAAGUCCAGUGAGCUUGUAAAUGGAACGGGGCCCUACAUAACUCCCUGUCUAAUAGACACAACUGAAGUAGAACCUGCACAAAAGACCAAGAGCAGUGUGUCCUUUGAGGACAAGCUGAAGGAGAACUUUGUGCGGGGCAGCGCCGAGCUGGAGAAGCGGCGACUGGCUCUGGAGGAAGCGCAGAGGAAGGAGCGGGAGAGGAGAGAGAGGGAGGAGAGGGAGGCUCAGGAAAGGAGAGAGAGGGAGGCGAGAGAGCAGGAAAACCGAAGGAGGCUGGAGGAGGAGAGGCGGCUGGAGAGGCAGAGGGAGAUGGAGAGGCAGAGGGAGGAGGAGAGAGUCAGAGAGCUGGAGAGGAAGGAGGCGGCAAAGCAGGAGAUAGAGCGCCAGCGGAGGGAGGAGUGGGAGCGUGGCAAGAAAGAGGAGCUGGGCAGAAAGAGAGAAGGGGAGCAGGAGGAGAUCUCUCGUCUCAGGGCCAAAAAGAAGAGUCUGGAGUUGGAGCUGGAGGCUGUGGGCAACAAGCACAAGCAGAUCUCAGACCGCCUCCGUGACGCUCAGAGCAAGCGGCGGAUUCUGAAGGCAGAGGUGGACCUCGUCAAUCAGAAGAGGGACAUUCGCAUCACAGAGAUCAACACAUUGCAGCUUCAGUUUGAGGACUGGCAGAGGAAGCUCUCACAGCUGGUCCCAGAACAACAGAGGCUGACUGAGAAGCUGCGAAACAUCAACCUCAACAAACUCUCCUCGGUGGCUUUGACCUCUCUGACCGGGAGCGUGACAGAGAAAGGUGUGAAUUGUCGGAGGCUGAAGGACCAACUUGACACUCUGGAGAGGGAGACCACAGACAAACUGGCCCAGAUGGAGCAGUACAACAAGGAGCUUAAGGAGCUGAGGGAGAAGCAGGUGAGGCAGCAGGCUGUCCUGGACGACCUGUACAGAGUCAAAGAGGAGAAACUGAGGGAGCUGCAGAUACGCAGGGAGGAGGAAAUAGAGAGGAGGAAGAGGGAGGAAGAGGAGGCAGCCAGGCAGGCGAAGCUAGAUCAAGAGAGAAGAGAGCAGGAGAGGAGGGAGAGGGAGGAAGAGGAGGCACGUCAAAGGAGGCUCCUUGAGGAGCAGAGGGCCAGGCAGCGGGAGGAGGAGGAGAGGGAGGCACAGGCUCGCCUUCGGGCAGCCCAGGAGAAAGCACAGGAAGAGGAGAGGAGAAGGAGGGAGGAGGAGGAGAAGAGGAAGGAAGAGAGGAAACAGAAAGAGGAGGAGGCGGAGGAGGAGAGGAGGCGGAAAGAAGAGCAGGAUAGAGGAGGACAGCGGCCUGUGUCGGUGGCUCAGCGAUCCUCCAAGCUGACCUCAUACAGAGCUCUGUACUCGUUUGUUGCCCGAAACGCUGAUGAGCUGAGCGUGGACGCAGACUGUCUAAUAGAGGUGGAUGAGCAGAACGUUGGCGAGCCUGGCUGGCUGUACGGGAAUUACCGUGGCAACAGGGGCUGGUUCCCCCAGAGUUACGCAGAGAAAUGUCCUACCCCAUCUGCUACUGAGGCUGCCCCUUCUUCACCUGGGAGAACGUCCUGUCCGCCACCACCACUUAACACAAGAGUCCCAGAUGGGGAGGGAGUGGUUGAAAGCACUGUUCCUGCCCAAUCAGACGCUUCACAGUCCUCGGCCCUUCUGCUGGCUCGAGCGGUCUCCUCGUGGUCAGCCACUUCCGAAACCCACCCCAGCCUCUCCCCCGGUGCGGGUGACGUCAUCACUGCGCUGCUGAGCGUCUCACAGGGCGACAUCAUCAGCGUGCUGCAGCAGAGGGAGGACUGGUGGUUGGGACAGGUCAACGGGACGCAGGGAUGGUUCCCCAAAGGCUGUGUCACCUUGGAGACGGGUGGCAGUACAGACGUGGAUGCAGUCGACGCAUGUGACUCUGUUCAGCUGGAGGAGUAUGUGGCCUUGUACACGUAUGAGAGCCCAGAGGUGGGGGACCUGACGUUUGUUGAGGGGGACGUUGUCAUGGUGACGGAGAGAGAAGGAGAGUGGUGGCGGGGAUGCAUCGGGGAUCAAACCGGGGUUUUCCCUUCCAACUAUGUCCGACCUGUUGAACCAGAGGCAACAAGACCCGGAGCGCCAACCAAAAAGCCCGAGAUCGCCCAGGCAGUAACCACCACCGUUGCUCCGACGACACAUCAGCUGCGUCUGUCUCCAGGACAACUGAUUGUGGUCUUGGCCAAGAACUCCACCGGUUGGUGGCUCGGGGAACUGCAGGCUCGAGGCAAGAAGCGGCAGAGAGGCUGGUUUCAUUCCUCUCACGUCAAGCUCCUGGGCCCCUCCAGCAGCAAGUCCUCCCCCUCCCCUCUGCCAGUGUGCCAAGUUAUUGCCAUGUACGACUACACCGCCGCCAACCGGGAUGAGCUGAGCUUCUCCAAGGGUCAGCUGAUCAACAUCCUGGACAAGACCAACCCUGACUGGUGGAAAGCAGAUGCCAACGGGGUCACGGGCCUGCUGCCCACCAAUUAUGUCAAGAUGACAACAGAGUCAGACCCCAGCCAGCAAUGUACAGUAGAUUCCUUAUCCAUGUCAGAGCAUGGAGAGACUGACGGGUGUGCCGACCUGAUGACGCUGGACACCAUGACCCCUCAGGAGAGGAAGAGGCAGGGUUACAUCCAUGAGCUCAUCAGGACUGAGGAGACCUACGUGGAUGACCUGGAGCUGGUUCUGGAGGUCUUCCACAAGCCCAUGUCUGAGUCAGGCCGUCUGACAGAAGCUGAGAUGGGAGUGAUCUUCGUUAACUGGAGGGAGCUGAUUAUGUGUAACACCAAACUACUCAAGGCGCUGCGCGUGCGUAAGAAGACAGGAGGAGAGAACAUGCCGGUUCAGCUGAUUGGAGACCUGCUGGCUUCAGAGCUCGCUCACAUGCAGCCCUACAUCCGCUUCUGCUCCUGCCAGCUCAACGCCGCCGCCCUGCUGCAGAGCAAAACCCACAACCAGCCUGACUUUAAAGACUUCCUCAAGAAGAUAGCCACUAACUACCGCUGUAAAGGAAUGCCGCUGUCCAGCUUCCUCCUCAAACCCAUGCAGAGGAUCACACGAUACCCCCUGCUCAUAAAGAAUAUCCUGGAGCACACCCCAGACGGCCACGCCGACCGGAGCCCGCUGAGAGAAGCUCUGGAGCGAGCCGAGGAGCUGUGCUCGCAGGUCAACGAGGGAGUCCGGGAGAAGGAGAACUCAGACAGGCUGGAGUGGAUACAGAGCCACGUCCAGUGUGAGGGCCCUAUUGAGCACUUGGUCUUCAACUCGCUGACUAACUGCCUCGGGCCCCGCAAGCUGCUCCACAGCGGUCGGCUUUACAAAACCAAAAGCAGCAGAGAGCUGUGGGCUUUCCUCUUCAAUGAUUUCCUCCUCCUCACACACAGCGCCAAACCCUUCUCCUCCUCAGGACCGGACAAGCUUUUCAGCCUCAAGACCAGCAUACAGCUGAAGAUGUACAAAACUCCACUGUUUCUGAAUGAGGUUUUGGUGAAAAUGCCGCCCGACCCAUCGAGCGAUGAGCCGCUCUUCCAUGUUUCACACAUCGACCGUGUCUAUACACUAAAAACUGAGACCUUGAAUGAGAGGACGACGUGGGUCCAGAAAAUCAAAGCAGCAUCUGAACAUUUCAUAGAGACGGAGAAGAAAAAGAGAGAGAAGGCUUACCAAGCUCGUUCCCUGAAGAGCAGCGGUAUCGGCCGGCUGCUGGUGACCGUCACUGAAGCCCAGGAGCUCAGAGCCUGCAAACCCAACGGAAAGAGUAAUCCGUACUGUGAGCUGACGAUGGGCGCUCAGUGCUACACCUCCCGACCGGUCAGCGACACUCUGAACCCAAAGUGGAACUUCAACUGCCAGUUCUUCAUCAAAGACCUCUACCAGGACGUGCUGUGUAUCACUGUGUUUGAGAAAGACCAGUUCUCACCAGAUGAUUUCCUGGGUCGUACUGAAGUUCCCGUGGCAACUAUAAAGAAAGAGAUGGAGAGCAAAGGUGCUGCAAACCGUCGCCUACUACUGCACGAGGUCCCCACUGGAGAAGUCUGGGUCAAACUAGACCUACAGCUCUACGAGCCAACCAAAUGACACAGCCAAACACAGCCUUGGGCACACACCACUUAAUUUUAUAGUAACGAAGAGGAGACAUUUUGGAUAAGCACACAUGCCUAAAAGUGCCUAGUUAUAGCAGUGCUAGUGUUGAUGUGAAAAGCUGAAAAAUGAAAGGGGAAGGAGAUCUUGCCAACAAUGCAGGAUGACAAAUGGAUCAAAUGUCCUCAGAAGCCAUGCACUGUGGAAAAGGGCUGUUCUUAUUACCAGCAAACCAGCUAAUAUGUGAGUUUAAUUGCCAAUUUUUUCAUGUUCACCACUUGAAAAUGCAAUGAUACAAACAUGCCUUAAAAUGUAACCAGUCAGAUUUAAUAAAUGACUGAGUUUUGCAAUUCUCAUAUUUCCAAAUUUGUACCCAAUACUGUCUUACUCUGGCGGAAUGGAGGAAUACAGCCUCUCUGACAUGUCUAUGUUUAUUGGACAUGCUUAAUUUACCCUGUUAUACAUUCACCUGGUCAGUUGCAUGCCGCCACACAUCCUGUAUCCUUUGUACUGUGCGCUGUACAUUUCAAAUGUUGCACACUGCUGCAAAGUGUAAUGUCAUGUUAACCUUAUGGUCUAACGAUGCCGUUUCAUGUUAAGUAUGCUAUUAAAUCCUUCAAGUGGCACAAAUAAAAUGUGUGUAUAUA